UAGCCAUGAAAGCCACCCUGCACAAGCCGCCUCCUGCCGCUGUUGGACUCGUCUGCCUCGCCGUCGUCCUGCUAGCCUUCGUCUACCACGUCAUCUACCCGAAGGAGUUCGAGCUGCAGUCGUUCGUCACCGCCUGCCGCCCCUCCUCCUCCGCGGUUGCGGUCAGCUUCACCGAGCCCGUCACGGUGGAACCCGACUUCCGCCUCCUCCUCGGCGUCCUCACCCGCGCCGACCUGUACGAGCGCCGCCACCUCCUCCGCCUCGUUUACUCGCUCCAGACCAACCUCACCGCCCACGUCGACGUCCGCUUCGUCCUCUGCAACCUGACCAAGGAGGAGCAGCGGGUGCUGGUGGCCAUGGAGAUCAUGCGCUACGACGACAUCAUCAUCCUCAACUGCACCGAGAACAUGAACGAGGGCAAGACCUACGCGUAUUUUGCCAGCCUCCCGAAGCUGUUCGACGGGGACCGGCCGCCUUAGGACUUCGUGGUCAAGGCGGACGACGACAUCUACUUCCGGCUCCCCAAACUGAUCGAGUCGCUGAAGAAGAUGCCGAGGGAGUUCCUGUACUACGGCUUCGUGAUCCCCUGCGACAGCAUGGAUCCAUUCCACGAGUACAUGCCGGGGAUGAGGUACCAGCUCUUAUGGGACUUGGUGGAGUGGAUCUCGAUGGAUUUAUGA